UCGUUAUGUGAAAAUUCAACUAGCCAAUCGUAUUUCAGAUGUCGGUAGAGCUUCCUGGUUUGUUUUGUUUUGGUGAAUAUGGCUGCAGAAGGAGAUUUUCUGGCGAGAUACCGAGCUGUAUCAAAUAAACUUAAAAAACGUUUUCUCCGGAAGCCCAAUGUAGCCGAGGCGAGUGAGCAGUUUGGUCAGCUGGCGAAGGAGCUGAAGCAGCAGGACUGUCUCCAGUAUGCUGCCUUCUGUAACCUGGCCAUGGCCCGGUGUGAACAGACUCUCUUUAACGCCCCUGGAGAAGCGUUGGCGUUAACCGACGCCGCUCGCCUGUUUCUCUCAUCUGAGAAGGAGAUCAGAGCCGUGCACGCCCCGGGCUUCGAUGAGCACCUUCAAGCUGCUCUCAACUGCUACAGUUUUGCCAUCAAGGUGUACAUCGAGAUGAACCAGCCUGUUAUGGCAGCCAGCCUGUGUUUGGAACUUGGCAAUGCGCUCAAGGAAAUGAACAGACCAGGAGAAGCGAUUGUUCACUAUCAGAGGGCUGCAGAGCUUCAGACUCAGACGCCCAUUGAAGCUCUGCUGUCAAUGGGAGAGAUGGCCACCUGUAAAAUCCUCACCCGUGACUAUGACGGGGCUUUGUCAGUGUUCACAGAGAUGCAGCUGACGUGUCAGGAGAGAGGACUGCAGCUCCCAGGCACCACCACUCCUGUUGGCGCCUUUUUGGACAUUGUGGCCAAAUGUGAGAUAUCCAGAGUCUUACUGCUGAUGCUGCUCGAGCCGCCACCUCAGAAGCUGUUACCUGAACACGCUCAGACCCUGGAGAAAUACGCCUGGGAGUCCUUUGACCCUCACAGCCAAGUGACCUUCCUGCCUGAGAAUGUUUUCCUGCUCCUGCAGUCUGUGGUGAUGGCGUGUCAGGAGAAGGACACCGAAUCCCUGAAGUGUCUUCAGACUGAGCUGUGGCCGUUUCUGACCGCAGAGCAGAAUCAUCUUCUCCACCUGGUGGUUCUGGAGCGAAUCACACCGUCUGGUCAAGGCAUUUAG